UUCAUUAUAAGCACAUCGUUUACUUGAGGACUCUGGUGAAUUCCUGUUUUAAUUAACUAUAGAUCUCUGUAGCAUGCUACGUAUUAUAUGUUAACACAAUGUUUGUUGUAACACACAGAGACAAGAUGGAAGGAAACAAAAUGAAGGUACGCACAAAAGCAUUGAAGCAGUUGUUGCGCGCCUUGAAAAACAAAAUGGAAUGAGUCUCAGUAGCAAUUCCAGUCCUGAAGCAACAUUUAUGGAAACUUCAGAAAGGAUGAACAAUAUGGACGAUGCUGUAGUUCCUCGAGUUCUUUAUGAAGAAUUGCUGCGAAGCUAUCAGCAGCAGCAGGAAGAAAUGAGACACAUUCAACAAGAACUUGAGCGAACAAGAAGGCAGCUUGUUCAGCAAGCAAAAAAGCUAAAGGAGUAUGGGACAUUAGUGUCAGAAAUGAAGGAGCUCAGAGACUUGAACAGACGGCUACAGGAUGUACUGCUUCUCAGACUAGGCAGUGGUAAGUACUUGGAUAUACGUGGGACAAGUUCUUAAAUAAUUUAAUUUUAAAUUAGAAUGGCUGAAAUAAUCACAAUAUAAUCUGCUUCACUGCAUAUACCAGUCUUCCAUUUCAUACAUUGAAAAUUCUGUAUUCAUGUUCCUUUUUUCAUUCCUUUUAUUAAUAGAAAUUUUCAUCCUGGUAAUAUUGGCAUGCUUUUCCAGGGCUGCACACAGCCAUGCUGUGCUGCAGCUGUGGAAACAUACUCUUUUUGAAAACCACUUUGAGGUUUUAUUAUAAUCAGGCAGUAUAUAAAUGUUUUGAAAUAAAUAAAUACAUCUAGGUAUCUCUUCCCACCCAAACCAGAAAAAAGCAUGCAGAAAUAUAAGAAUCUUUCAUAGCACACUGGUCCUGUUAUGUCUGCGACAUCAUUUAUUGCAGCUUAAGUAUUGUUGCCAAAGUUCUUGGUAGAAUGAGAAAAGGAAUCCAAUAAAUAUCUUGAAUAAAUAUAAGCGUUCCAUCUUACAGCAUGAUCCUUUGCAUGUGUACUGUACUUGGAAUCUCACUAUUUAGCAGGACUUGCUUUCAGAUAAGUGUUCAUAGGAUUGGAGAACCAUAAGCCAAACUUUCAAAGUGCUCUCCUUGAGCAAACAACAUUUGCUCCAAUUUAUUUUUCAGUUCCAUGUCUGUAAAUUCCAUUGAUUUUUAAAAUUCAAUUUAGAUUUUCUCAAAAUGUAUACUAUCUAAAACUUUGUUUGGUUUACACAGAACCAAAGACACUUUUGCCACAUUUGGACAAUCAGGUACUGGCUUGACAAACAAGGCUUGUGGCACUAUUAUGAGUGUGUUUCCAAUGUUUCAAAGUCUCCAGAUAGGGGUACAGUCAUACCUUGUUUCUCGAACGUAAUCCAUUCCUGAAGUCCGUUUGACUUCUGAAAACCUUUGAAAACCAAGGCGUGGCUUCCAAUUGGGUGCAGGAGCUUCCCACACUCAGUCGGAAGCUGCGUCGGAUGUUCGGCUGUUUGCAAACUGGAACACGCACUUCCGGGUUUGCAGCCAAAAUGGACGAGUACCAAGGUGUUUGAGAACCAAGGUUCGACUGUAUAAGGAAAGGUGCUCCUUUAGGUAACCUCAUCUCAAUGUGUCCAGGGCUUUAUAUGCCAAUAGCAAGACCUAAAACCUGGCUCAAUAGCAAAAUGGCAGCCAGUGAAACUCUUUCAGCCCAGGUGUUAUGCACAGUUGAUAGGUGCCCUUUUCCACAGUCUUGCUGUGGCAUUAUGCACUAGCAACAGCUGCCAGUUCAACCUUAAGGGAAGCUCCACAAAGAGUUCAUUGCAGUAAUCUAAUCUGGAGACUUUCCGGGCUUUGACCACUUUACCUAGGCUAUUCCAAUAAAGGGAUGGUCAUAUCUGUUGCAGCAGCCAAACUAGCAGAAGGUGCUCCUUAUCCACUGGUUCUCCAGUGACAAAGAUGGAUUCAGGAGCACCACCAAACUACUUACUUGCUCCUUCAGAGAGUUAAACCCUAUUUAGAACAGUCAGUUGAUCUGUUCCUAGGCCUGGGAAGUGCUCCUAAACAGAACCUUAAUCCUAACCAGAAUUCAAGGUCAGUUUAUUGACCCUCAUCCAGCCCAUCAUGGUACCUAAGCACUUAUCCAAUUCCUGCAUAGUCACUUGAUUCAGAAAGAGUUGAGUUAUGUUUUGUCACUCACGGGAUGUGACAGAAAAUACAUAAUAAAAGCAAAACAAGCCAAUAACACCCCCCCAUCAUAUUUUGAAAGGGCAUCAGAUGUCCUGGUUAAAGGGGAAUGUUUUCAUCUGGUGCCUUAAAGGGGUAUAAUGAAAGUGCCAGCUGAACCUCCCUGGGGAGAGCAUUUCGCAAAUGGGGAGCCACUGCAGAAAAGGCCCAUUCUCGUGUUGCCACCCUCCAGGCCUGCCAUGGAGGUGACACAAAGAAGAGCGUCAGAGGAUGAUCUCAGGGUCUGGGUAGGUUCAUAUGGAGAGAAGCAGUCCAAUAAACUGUUUAAUCUAUAGGCUUUCUGCUAGACCACUGCUAAGCCACUGCCACAACAUAUUGGAUCUGUGCAUACAUAUGCCAUGCUCAUCUUUCAGUCGUGUUACUCUACAAAUACCUCUUAUUGUCAGUGUUCAGUCCUUCUCUGUGCAACUUUUUUUGGUUACCGUAUUUUUCGCUCCAUUGGACGCACCGGACCAUAGGACGCACCGGAUCAUAGGAGGGGGAGAACAGGGAAAAAGAUUUUUUUUCUUGUUCUCCCCCUCCAAAACAAGGUGCGUUCAAGGUACAUUCACCAGAGCUUGUGGGGCUGGUGGUGGGGAAGCGCUGCUUUCCCCACCGCCAGCCUCAAAGAUCCCUGAAGCCUUUGGAGCGCAGCGCCCCGCUGCCCUGCAGAGGCUUGCGCGCAGCCGUCCCAAGCUAGAGCAGCGAGACGGAGCCCUCCGUCUCGCUGUUCUGGCUUAGGAACAGCCUGCUAGCUUCUGCAGGACAGCGGGGUGAUGGCACCCGCUGCCCUGCAGAGGUUUGCGCACAGCCCUCCCCAAGCUAGGGCAGACGGCUGCGCGCAAACCUCUGCAGGGCAGCGGGGUGCCUUCACCCCGCUGUCCUGCAGAAGCUAGCAAGGCUGUUCCCAAGCCAGAACAGCGAGACGGAGGGCUCCGUCUCGCUGCUCUAGCUUGGGGAGGGCUGCGCGCAAACCUCUGCAGGGCAGCGGGGUGCCUUCAACCGCUGUCCUGCAGAAGCUAGCAAGGCUGUUCCCAAGCCAGAACAGCGAGACGGAGGGCUCCGUCACGCUGCUCUAGCUUGGGGAGGACUGCGCGCAAACCUCUGCAGGGCAGCGGGGUGCCUUCACCCCGCUGUCCUGCAGAAGCUAGCAAGGCUGUUCCCAAGCCAGAACAGCCGAGACGGAGGGCUCCGUCUCGCUGCUCUAGCUUGGGGACGGCUGCGCGCAAACCUCUGCAGGGCAGCGGGGUGCCUUCACCCCGCUGUCCUGCAGAAGCUAGCAAGGCUAUUCCCAAGCCAGAACAGCGAGAUGGAGGGCUCC